UUUUUUUGUGACGGCUUCCGCAUCCCUCACUCUUUCGGGACCGCGACUACUUGGUUUUUCUUGCCCACGACACCAACACUACAAUACCAAUUGGAACUCGAGCUUUCGGAUUUGAUACCAAUUAGUCACAUACUACCAAAACAAAGAUGCGUUCGUAUGCUCUCGCCUCCGCUCUGGCGGCUGCCUCCCUUGUGAGCGCCAACCCUACCGAUCCCACCAGGACCACGCCUCAGCUCCCCAAGCGUGCAUCUUCCCUUCCCGCAGUCACCGCAUCCGGCAACGCCUUCUGGGCCGGUGAUGACCGAUUCUACAUCCGUGGAAUCGACUACCAGCCCGGUGGUUCGUCUGGAAUGAAGGACCCCCUGGCCGACGAGACGGUCUGCAAGCGAGACAUUGCCGAGUUCAAGAAGUUGGGCAUCAACACUGUCCGAGUUUACAUGGUGGACAACUCGGCCGAUCACGACACAUGCAUGCAAGAGCUGGCUGAUGCCGGCAUCUACCUUGUCCUCGAUGUCAACAACCCUCUGUAUUCCAUCAACCGUGACAAGCCGGAGCCGUCGUACAACGCCGCCUACCUCCAGUCCGUCUUCGCCACCAUUGAUGCCUUCCAGAAGUACGACAACACGCUCGCCUUCUUCUCGGGUAACGAGGUCAUCAACGACAAGCUCAACUCAACCCUCUCUGCCCCCUACGUCAAGGCUACCACUCGUGACAUGAGACAGUACAUUGGCUCCAUGAACUACCGUGCCAUCCCUGUCGGUUACUCGGCCGCCGAUGUCAGCAACAACCGCAUGCAGACUGCCCACUACUUCAACUGCGGCACCGACGAUGAGCGCAGUGACUUCUUCGCCUUCAACGACUACUCGUGGUGCGCUCCUUCAUCCUUCUCACAGUCCGGCUGGGAUGCCAAGGUCAAGAGCUUCACUGGAUACGGUCUGCCCAUCUUUUUGUCAGAGUGGGGUUGCACCACCAACGGCCGUACCUUCGAGGAGCUCAGCGCUCUUAUGAGCAGCGACGAUAUGACCAUGGUGUACUCUGGUGGUCUGUUGUACGAGUACAGCAAGGAGGGAAACGACUUUGGUAUCGUCGACGUCUCGGACUCUUCCAGCGUCUCCGAGAGUGAUGAUUUCAAGGCAUACUCCAGUGCUCUGGCCAAGUACACCGCACCUAGCGGCAAUGGCGGCUUCACCUCGACCACCAACUCGGUUGCCUGCCCGACCAAGGACGCAUACUGGCUGGUCGACUCCUCGGCCCUCCCUGCCAUCCCUGACGAGGCCAAGUCGUACAUGACGGCCGGUGCCGGGACUGGCCCUGGUCUCAAGGGUGACGGAUCUCAGAACGCCGGCUCGACCAGCACUGGAACGGCUUCCCCCGGAUCUGGAUCCGUGGCGACCACUGCUUCGGCUUCUGGCGAGAACGUUGCUGGACGUCCCGCGCCGCCCAUGGACAUGGCCAUAUUCGCCAUUGCUGGCGUCUUUGGCUUCUUCACCCUCGCCGGUACCCUCCUUCUGUAAAUAAGCGGACCUCGCAUAAAUCCACCCACGUGGACAAAUGGUCUCGUCUUUCAGAAUAGACCCGCGUGUUCCCGGUUGUCGUUUGUUGAUUUGGAAGGAUUAUGAACCCCGUGAGCGGAUAGACAGGAAAUGGC